AUGAACCAGGAAAGUGAAUUACCUCAAUUCUCCCAGAUCAGUGAAUAUACAGAGGCCCAGAUCCAUGAUCUCGUCAAAAGGCUGCGGCAGAGAACUGCGUACUACAAGAAAAAUUUGAUUGAGGGUGAUUUAUUCUCUCCGGAAGCUAGCCCUAAAGCUGCAAAGCCUGCAGCUCCACCUCCACCAGCUGAGGGGGAGAAAGAAGAUGCAGUGAAACCAGAAGAAGAGAACUACUGUGGAAUGCUCUGCUGUAAAUUCCAGAAGGCCUUAUUGAAAGUAUACCUGAAGCAAAUAAAACUACCAAGGUCUAUCGACGCAUACACAGACCAUUCAUUUGUACUUUGGCUUCUGUUCGUGACUCUUGCCUAUAACUGGAACUGCUGGUUUAUUCCUCUGCGUUUUGUCUUUCCCUACCAAACUCCAGAAAACUUUACUUAUUGGCUUGUAAUAGACAUCAUCUGUGAUAUCAUAUACCUUUGUGAUAUGCUGAUAUUCCAACCCAGAGUGCAGUUCAUAAGAGGAGGAGACAUAAUCACAGAUUCAGAGGAAAUGAAGAAACAUUAUCGAAGUUCAGUAAAAUUUCAGCUUGAUCUGGCAUCAGUAAUACCAUUCGAUGUUCUUUACCUCUUCUUUGGAUUUAACCCAAUGUUUAGAGCAAAUAGGCUAUUAAAGUACAACACAUUUUUUGAAUUCAACGAUCGCCUGGAUGCCAUAAUGGAUAAAGCAUAUAUCUACAGAGUCAUUCGGACGACCGGAUACCUUCUGUUCACUCUGCACAUUAAUGCGUGUAUCUAUUACUGGGCUUCAGACUAUGUAGGUAUUGGCAGUUCCAAGUGGGUGUAUAGUGGUGAAGGGAACAGGUAUCUGAGAUGUUACUACUGGGCAGUUCGAACAUUAAUUACCAUUGGAGGCCUUCCCGAACCACAGACUAUGUUUGAGAUUAUCUUUCAGCUCUUAAAUUUUUUCUCCGGGGUCUUCGUCUUCUCCAGUUUAAUCGGUCAGAUGCGAGAUGUAAUUGGAGCCGCUACUGCUGGUCAGAACUACUUUCGUGCUUGCAUGGAUGACACUGUCGCUUAUAUGAACACACAUUCAAUUCCCAGGAUUGUGCAAAAUCGGGUUCGGACGUGGUAUGAAUAUACAUGGGACUCUCAAAGAAUGCUGGAUGAAUCUGAGUUACUGGAACAGCUACCUACCAAGAUGCAACUAGCCAUCGCCAUUGAUGUGAACUUCGCCAUCGUCAAUAACAUCGACUUGUUUAAAGGUUGUGAUACACAGAUGGUUUAUGACAUGUUGCUGAGGAUGAAAUCCAUUGUGUAUUUACCUGGUGAUUUUGUGUGCAAAAAGGGAGAGAUUGGCAAAGAGAUGUAUAUCAUCAAACAAGGAGAAGUUCAAGUUCUUGGAGGUCCAGACAGCACAAAAGUUCUGGUUACUCUGAAGGCUGGGGCCGUCUUUGGGGAGAUCAGCCUUCUAGCCUCUGGGGGAGGAAACCGUCGAACAGCCAAUGUUGUGGCACAUGGGUUUGCCAAUCUCUUUAUUCUUGACAAAAAGACUCUCAAUGAAAUCCUGGUGCACUACCCAGACUCUGAAAAGCUCCUGAUGAAGAAAGCAAAGGUCCUCCUCAAAGAGAAGGCCAAGCCUGCAAAUGAGCCUCCACCAAUAAAAGGACUGGCUCUUCUCUUCCCACCAAAAGAAGAGACACCCAAGAUGUUCAAAGCUCUGCUGGGUGGUUCGGGAAAAGCUGGCCUUGCAAGGUUGCUCAAACUGAAACGGGAACAAGUAGCUCAGAAAAUGCCAGAAAACCCUGAAGGAGAAGAGGAGAAAGGAAGAGAGCCUGAAGAGAAGCCACUGGAUAGUCAUAAAUGUCAACCAAGCCCAAAAAAGGGAAACCCAUCCCCUCAGCCACCAUCCAAGGCAGUCUUACCCAGGGGAACUACCAAUCAAUCACUAAUCAUUACCAUGACCCCUUCCCCUAAUGCAGGAGAAGGAGAGGUACUUACUGUUCAAGUCAAAGAAAAGCCAAAGCAAUAGGUGCUUGAUGUUGUG